UGACUUGAGAGCAAAACUGGAAAUGGCCAUAGCAAGAGUGAAAGAACUAGCAGAACAAAAUGAAUAUCACCAUAAUCAAGAAGGGGAGUACAGCAGUGACUCUGAAUCCCAGACAAUCUCGUGUAAUGUUCAUCUAACAACAGCUGUGAGAAAAUACCUUGCAGCUUGCAUUAGAGAUCUGAUUCAACAUGGUGCUUGUGCCGCACACAGUUCCAGUUUGGUCCCAUUGAUCGGAUGUUUUCCACGCAGGAGCUCUCUGCAGAAUACUCAAAUUCAUGCUUGGGAAAUCAUCCUGGAAUAUUACAAGAUGAAGAAUGGCGAGAAGUAUAAUUCCACUCCUGCUAGGAAGUUGUCACAGAGUUUCAAUCUGGACAUUGCAGGAUCUUCACCUUCUUCUAAUAAACAGAAUAUGCUUUGUUGUAUUGGCAGUGUCAUCUCUACUCAUACUCCUUACAAGAGAAGUCCUGACUCUCAUUUCAAAGCUUUUGUAUGCGCCGCGCUGAAUGCUAACAAGUUAGUUUCUUGGUUGACCUUGAUCUUCACCUGCAACCAGUUAGUUAAAACGCAUUACCAACCAUGGAGCUAUGUUGCAAAGACAGGAUUCCAAGAUAGUUUACGCAGUUUGGAUACUUUAACGGGCUACAAGUUUCAGUUGCCCGUUGAUCUUGCCAUUAGACAAUUUCAAAACAUCAAAGAUGUUUUUACAUAAUAUAUACCCCUCCAACAUACUCUAGUCAUUCCUUGUUUGAGUUUCUAGUUGUUUUAUAGUGCAUUUUGAAUUUCUGUGAUUUUAAUUAAUUUUUUAUUUAUUUUUAUUUUAUUUGGGGGGCAUCGACUAUAUCGGUCAUUAGUCCAUUUCAUUUACUGUUUUCAAUGUUUUUUGAAGUGUUAUUGAACGAGGAAGUGUAUUGCGAAUAUUCUGAAUGGAAUCGUUGUCAUAUCAUUAAUUUAAUCUUGGGUGUUAUAUUGAGUAAAAAAUGUGUUUUUUCUAAUAUAAGUGGCAUAUCUGACUGAAGAUCUGAAGAAGUAUCUUGUCCCUCUGAAUUUCAGUACUUGUUAUUUGCGUUUGAUAAUUUUAUGAUAGUUGAUUAAAGAUGUUGUCUUAA